CACUUUGCUCCUCUUCCUCCUCCUGGCUCUACUGUGUUUUAUUGUCUUGCAGUCCCCUGAUUCAGCUGCACUGAACAAACAUGUAGGCUGCAGUGAGUGAAAGAGAGGAACAUCCUGUGGAGAUAUUUUACAGCUGUAAAUGAAAACAUUGCAAACAGUGAUGUGUGUAGGAAGGAAAUUCUCUGUUGUGGCAGCAAAAGAAAAGAAAAGAAAAAAAAGGACAGAGGCGCAGACCCCCUGGCACAGGUCAGAGGUCACUGGCAGAGUCCUUCCAAAGGAUCAAAGAAUAUUCCGUUAGCUUAUACAGUGGUGAAAAUGACGUUUCAAUCAUGGCAUAUGUCAGAUGUUCAGUAGUAGUGUUAAUUAAUUGAAGAGAAAUUUGUCAUCAUAGUUGUUACUUUAGCAGACUGAUACCUAUAGGGCGUAUUAAGACAUUCUAUAUUUAUAUAUUUAACCUAAUGAAACGUGUUCAGUAAGUAAUUUUAUUUAAGUGAAAAAACACCUCAAACAUAAAAUAUCUGGCUAUAGCAACUCUUUUGGGUUAUUUUUUAUUUAUAUAAGCACACAACAGAAAUUGCAUCGAAAUCCAGUUUGAAAAACACAUGAAGACGAGCGAAAAGUGACUUUUGUCAUGUUAGAUAAUUAGCAGUGGAAAGCAAAAAAUCACAUAAUUUACUUGUCCUUAAAAAGCAUUCACAAAUCCAUGGCUCUCGGCUAUAUUUGCAGUAUCAUACCACUGCUUCUCAAUAGAAAACCAGACUCCAUUGGAAAAAUGCGUGAUUUUAAUCAGGCACUACGUUAAACAGCUAUGGCAAAGUAUGAGAGGGCAGUAGAGGAAGAGCAGAGGGGGAGAAGAGGCAUUGGUAGGGAGAGAGGACAGCUGACAGUUUACUGAUAAUGUUUAGGUUAAUGUUUAGCCUGAGGACAGGCAGCCUUCUACACCUGCCGAGCAGCUUGAGGGCGCCUCCGUUCUGCAGCAACAACUCAUCUAAAAUGUCAUCAGACUCACACUGGCUCUCCCCUGAAGACCGGGAGCAGCUAUUGGUCGAGCUCAGGGCCACAGGCUGGAUGGAGGUGGAGGACCGUGAUGCCAUCUUCAAAGAGCUUCACUUUAAAACCUUUAAUCAGGCGUUUGGCUUUAUGUCACGGGUGGCUCUGCAGGCAGAGAAGAUGAACCAUCACCCAGAAUGGUUCAAUGUUUAUAAUAAGGUCCAAAUUACACUGUCUACACAUGACUGUGGAGGGCUGUCAAAACGGGACAUCAAAAUGGCCAAAUUUAUUGACAAAAUUUCACUUUCCAUGUAGUUUUUUUUGUCUUUAGUCUGCAAUCUGUCACAGCCUUUGUAGAUACACUGAUUUUAGUUUCAACUCUUUAAAAAGACAACUGCACUACAGAGUUAAAUGUAUUUAGUCUUUCACAUGUGCAUAUCCUGCUUCUGAUUUUUGUCCCAAAUAAAAUCUGUCAAAAUAAAAUAAACAUUUUACACUGUU